GCGAAGGUCAUUGGUGAAAACACUGCUGUAUGACGAUGAGUUCGACACUUUCGGUUGACCAACCGGUCAUAUAUCACGGUGGAAAUCAACUCACCGAUCUGCUGUAAACCGGAGGAUAGCACUCCUUCAUUUCAUCUAAAGAUUCACAACGGCUGAGACCGAGACCGAAAGGCUCUUCGUAAUAAAACGGUUAUUCCCCGUGUAAGAGGGCUCAUUAGUUAAAGAGAGAAGAGUCUAGAAUCAGCAGGCUCUCUGACCGACCCAGCUCUGGAUCUCCGGAUCACUGUGAACGCGUCGACAUGAGGAGUUUGCCGUAUUUCUGUCGAGGACAGGUCGUCCGCGGAUUCGGCCGGGGAAGCAAAGAGCUGGGCAUCCCAACAGCAAACUUCCCAGAGUCGGUUGUGGACAACCUCCCCGCUGACAUCAGCACUGGAAUCUACUACGGAUGGGCACGCGUGGAUAACGGAGACAUUCACAAGAUGGUGAUGAGCAUCGGCUGGAAUCCUUACUACAAAAACACGAAGAAGUCCAUGGAAACACAUGUGAUCCACAAGUUUAAGGAAGAUUUCUAUGGUCAAACAUUGAGUGUGGCCAUGGUCGGCUACAUUCGUCCUGAGAGAGGAUUCGAAUCACUCGACGAGUUGAUAGCAGCGAUUCAUAGUGACAUUGAGGAAGCCAAUAUGAAGCUGGACCUGCCUGAGCACUUGAAACUGAAAAAGAAUAAUUUCUUCAAGACGGCGGUAUUGACAACACCCAAUCAGAUCUUGAACGGUCAUCGACUGUAACAUUCACUUUCACCAUCGCCUCUAUUUAAAAGCCUGUUUAUUA